AUGGAGGAAGAACUCAAGAACUUAAUCAAAGUAUGGGUUUCAGCACUAAGCUCAGUAGCUUACUGUUACUUCUUAUCAACUAGAAUCAAAGCUGGCAUUUUCCGAUUAAUCUCUGUGCUUCCCGUUUGUGUUAUGUUCUUUGUCUUUCCUCUAUAUCUUUCAUCUCCUACUUUCUGCUUAUACACAGCUUUUUUUCUCUCACUUGCAAAUUACAAACUCACACUCUACUCCUUUGAUCAAGGCCCUCUUUUCCCACUUCCCCCAAAUCUCUCUCAUUUCAUUGCCUUCACUUGCUUACCCAUCAAACAUCAACAAAACCCUAGAUCCCUAAGUCAUUUCCCCAAAUGGUUUUUCAUCGUUAAAGUUGUAAUAUUUAUUGUGGUGUUAAAUGUGUAUGAUAAUUACAAACAAUAUCUCCCUUCAAUUCUAAUACUAGGUUUCUAUCCUCUCAAUUUAUACUUAGAGCAUGAGCUGAUCUUAAACUCCCUCAAAUAUAUGGUCUCAUUAACUCUUGGUCUGGACCUCCAACCACAGUUCAAUGAACCGUACUUAGCCACCUCUCUUCAAGACUUUUGGGGUCGCCGGUGGAAUCUUAUGGUCACGGAUAUCCUCCGGUCAAGCGUUUAUAACCCGGUGAGGCAAUUAUGCCAACACUUUGUAAAUACCGAGUGGGCUAUGAUCAUGGGAGUUUUGGCGACCUUUAUAGCCUCCGGUGUGGUGCAUGAGGUGUUAUACGUCUACUUAACCCGCGAGAUGCCUACAGGAGAGGUCACUUGGUUCUUUGUGUUACAUGGAGUUUGCACGGUUGUUGAAGUGUUGGUAAAGAAGAAGACUUUUGUGGGGCGGCUGCCAGUGAGACCAAUCGUGUCGCGGUUGGUAACGGUUGGGUUUGUGUGUCUGACCUCUGGUUGGCUGUUUUUCCCUCAGCUUAUACGGAGCAACGUAAUUGAAAAAUUCGUUUAUGAAUCCUUGUUGUUUCUUGACUUCUUCAAGCUCAAGUUUUAG